AUGACAGGAACUUACCGACGGACGGAGACAGGAACGGACCGACGGACGUAUGACAGGAACGGACCGACGGACGGCGACAGGAACGGACCGACGGACGCACUCACUCAAGGCACUCCUCAAGGCACUCACUCAGACACUCCUCAAGACACUCCUCAAGGCCUCCUCAGGCCUCCUCAAGGCACUCCUCCAAGGCACUCACUCAAGGCACUCCUCCAGGCACUUCCUCAAGGCCUCACCCACUCCUCAGGCACUCACUCAGGCACUCCCCAAGGCACUCCUCCAGGCACUCCUCCAGGCACUUCACUCAGGGCACUCACUCAAGACCUCCUCAAGGCACUCCUCCAAGGCACUCCUCAAGGCACUCCUCAAGGCACUUCACUCAAGGCACUUCCUCCAAGGCACUCACUCAAGACACUCAUUCAAGACCUCCUCAGGCCUCCUCAAGGCCACUUCCUCCAGGCAUCACUCCAGGCACUUCACCAAGGGCACUUCACUCAAGGCACUCACCAAGGCCACUCAAGGCACUUCACUCGGGCACUUCCUCAAGGCACUUCCUCCAAGGCACUUCACUCAAGGCACUUCACUCAAGGCACUUCACUCAGGCACUUCACUCAAGGCACUCCUCAAGGCACUUCCUCAAGGCACUUCCUCAAGGCACUUCCUCAAGGCACUUCACUCAGGCACUUCACUCAAGGCACUCACUCCAAGGCACUUCACUCAGGCACUUCACUCAAGGCACUUCCAAGGCACUCCUCGGCCUCACUCAAGGCACUUCACUCAAGGCACUUCCUCAAGGCACUUCCUCAAGGCACUCACUCAAGGCACUUCCUCCAAGGCACUUCCUCCAGGCACUUCCUCCAGGCACUCACCAGGCACUUCCUCAAGGCACUUCACUCCAAGGCACUUCACUCAAGGCACUCCUCCAGGCACUUCACUCAAGGCACUUCACUCAAGGCACUUCACUCAAGGCACUCCUCAGGCACUCCUCCAGGCACUUCCUCAAGGCACUUCACUCCAAGGCACUUCACCAGGCACUCCUCAGGGCACUCACUCAAGGCACUCCUCGGGCACUCAUUCAGACCCUCCUCCAGGCAGACUUCACUCAAGGCACUUAUAGGCACUCACUCAAGACACUCCUCAAGGCACUUCCUCAAGGCACUUCACUCAGGGCACUUCACUCAAGGCCUUCCUCAGGCACUCAUAAGACCUCCUCAAGGCACUCAUUCAGACCACCAAGGCACUCCUCAGGCACUUCCUCAAGGCACUUCACUCAAGACACUCCCCAAGGCACUCACUCAGCACUCCUCAAGGCACUUCCUCAGGCACUUCCCCAAGGCACUUCACUCAAGGCACUUCACUCAAGGCACUUCACUCAGGCACUUCACUCAGGCACUCCUCAAGGCACUCCUCAGGCACUCAUUCAAGACCUCCUCAAGGCACUUCACCAAGGCUCACCAGACCUCCUCAGGCACUUCCUCAAGGCACUUCCUCAAGGCACUCACUCAAGGCACUCACUCAAGGCACCUUCACUCAGGCACUCACUCAAGACACUCCUCAAGGCACUUCACUCAAGGCACUCCUUCAGGCACUCCUCCAAGGCACUCCCUCAAGGCACUCACUCAAGGCACUUCACUCAAGGCACUUCACUCAGGCCUCCUCAGGCACUCCUCAGGCACUCACUCAAGGCACCUCACUCAGGCACUCCUCAAGACCUCCCAGGCACUUCCUCAAGGCACUCACUCCCCACUCAAGGCACUUCACUCAGGCACUCCUCAGGCACUUCACUCAAGGCACUUCACUCAAGGCACCUUCACUCAAGGCACUCCUCAAGGCCUCACCAAGGCACUCCUCAAGGCACUCACAGGCACUCCUCCAGGACCUCCCGGCACUCCUCAGGCACCCCCACGCUCACUCAAGGCACUUCCUCCAGGGCACUCCUCAAGACACUCACUCAAGGCCUCCUCCAAGGCACUUCACUCAAGGCACUCACUCAAGGCACUCCUCCAGGGCCCUCACUCAGGCACUCACCAAGACACUCACUCAGGGCACUCCUCCAAGGCACUCACUCAAGGCACUUCUCAAGGCACUCCUCCAAGGCCUCCUCAAGGCACUCACUCAAGGCACUCCUCCAGAGCACUCACUCAGGGCCUCCUCAGGAGGCACUCACCAAGGCCUCCUCCAGGCCUCACCAAGGCACUCACUCAGGCACUUCCUCAAGGCACUCCUCCAGGCACUCCCAAGGCACUUCACUCAGGCACUCACCAGGCACUCCACCAAGGCACUCCUCAAGGCACUCCUCAAGGCACUUCACUCAAGGCACUCCUCAAGGCACUCACUCAAGGCACUCUCAAGGCACUCCUCAAGACACUCACUCAAGACACUCACUCCAAGGCACUCCUCAAGGGCACUUCACUCCAAGGCACUCACUCAAGACACUCCACCAAGACACUCACUCAGGCACUCCUCAAGGCACUUCCUCAAGGCACUCACUCAAGGCACUCACUCAAGGCACUCCUCAAGGCACUUCACUCAAGGCACUCCUCAAGACACUCACUCAAGGCACUCCUCAAGGCACUCACCAAGGCACUCCUCAAGACCUCACUCAAGACACUCACUCAAGGCACUCCUCAAGGCACUCCUCAAGGCACUUCACUCAAGGCACUCCUCAAGGCACUCCUCAAGGCCUCCUCAAGACCUCCUCCGGCACUCACCAAGGCACUCACCCAGGCACUCCUCAAGGCACUCCUCAGGCACUUCACCAAGGCACUCUCAGGCACUCACCAAGGCACUCCUCAAGGCCUCCUCAAGGCACUCCUCGGGCACUCCUCAAGGCACUCCUCAAGGCACUCCACCAAGACACUCCCCAAGGCACUCACUCCAAGGCCACUCCUCCAAGGCACUUCACUCAGGCACUCACUCAAGGCACUCACCAAGGCACUCCUCCAAGACACUCCUCAAGACACUCCUCGGCACUCACUCCAAGGCACUCACUCCAAGGCACUCCUCAAGGCACUCCUCCAGGCACUUCCUCAAGGCACUCCUCAAGGCACUCCUCAAGGCACUCACUCAGGCACUCCUCCAGGCACUCCUCCAGGCACUCACUCAGGCACUCUCACUCAAGGCACUCCUCAAGACACUCCUCAAGACCUCACUCAAGGCACUCCUCGGGCACUUCACUCAAGGCCUCACUCAAGGCACUUCCUCCAGGCACUCACUCAGGACCCUCCUCAGGCACACUCACUCAAGGCACUCACUCAAGGCACUCACUCAAGACACUCACUCCAAGACCUCCUCAAGGCACUCACUCAAGGCACUUCCUCAAGGCACUUCCUCCAAGGCACUUCACUCAAGGCCUCCUCAGGCACUCACUCAAGACACUCACUCAAGGCACUUCACUCAAGGCAACUCCUCAGGCACUCCUCCAGAACCUCCUCAGGCACUUCCUCAGGCACUUCACUCAAACGCUUCACUCCAGGCCCACUCAGGCACUUCACUCAGGCACUUCACUCAAGCCUUCACCAGGCACUUCCUCAAGGCACUUCCUCAAGACCUCACUCCAAGGCACUUCCUCAGGCACUUCCUCAAGGCACUCACUCAAGGGCACUCCUCAAGACACUCACUCAAGGCACUUCAUCGGCAACUCCUCCAGGCACUCACUCAAGCACUCCUCAAGGCACUUCACUCAAGGCACUUCACUCAGGCAGCACUUCCUCAAAGGCACUCACUCAAGACACUCCUCAGGCACUUCACUCAAGGCAACUCCUCAAGACCUCACUCAAGGCACUUCCUCAAGGCACUUCACUCAGGCCACUUCACUCCAAGGCACUCCUCCAAGACCUCCUCCAAGGCACUUCACUCAGGCAACUCCUCAAGGCACUUCUCAAAGGCACUUCACUCAAGGCACUUCCUCAAGGCACUCCUCAGACACUCACUCAAGGCACUCCUCAGGCACUCACUCCUAUGGUUCUCAGGAUCGGGAGCCUCUUUAAGGGAUCAGAGCCUCUUUUAGGGAUCGAGAACACUCUUUAG